AACCCGGAAGCUGGGAGUACAGUGCAUGUCUGGUUACCGAGCAACCUCCGACCUUGCACUAUUUAACACAUAACAGAAACAUAUACUAUAACAUAACCCAUGAUACCACAAAGCAGUUGUAUUAAAACGAUUAAAUUUUGCUGAUGGAUACAGUUUCUGGAGAAAUAGAUCGUUCUGGGAUCUGCUUGUGUGUAUUGUGUGGACUACCAGCUGCAGGAAAGUCAACAUUGGUUCGGACUCUCCCUAGCUACACUCGAAAGAAGGGAUGGAGGAUAUUUAUUUUGUCCUAUGAUGAAAUAAUUCCGGAGGAGGCGUACGAGUUGCGAAAAGAGAAUGACGCGUUAAUGGACACGCAAUCUAGCUGGAAGUCAUACCGACAAGAAGUGCUGCAGUGUCUGGACGCCUUCCUGCAGAGUCAGAAUGCGCCCGUAUGUGCGAAUAGAGGUGAAGCCUGGGCGAGAUUUGAACGGGUUGCACAGGACCAGCAAGUGCUUAAAGCGUCAGAUGACUCACUCCGUCAAAUGUCGCAUAUAAAAUCCGAGCCACUCUUCGUUCUGCUUGAUGAUAACUUCUACUAUCCCAGCAUGAGAUACGAAGUGUACCAGCUGGCUAAAAAGCACUCUCUAGGCUUCUGCCAGAUUUAUCUCCGGUGUCCUCUGAACGUCUGCCUUACCAGAAACCGCAUGAGGGGCUGCCCCCUGCCUGAUGAAGUCAUAGUGGAGAUGGCAAAGCGCAUUGAGCCUCCAAACCCCCUCAAAAACACCUGGGAGCAGAAGAGUCUCACACUGACCAGUACAAUCGACUUUUCACAACAGGACAUAGAGCUGCUGAUUCAGUUGCUUGGUGCUGCAUUGGAGAAUCCAUUAACGCCAAUCCAGGACAACACUGAACAAAAGGAGGCCGACCGGCAGAGCUGUGCCUCCAGUAUCGUGCACCAGGCUGACCAGGCCUGUCGGCGCCUCGUCUCCCAGGCCAUGAGGGAUGCCAAAGAAUGUAAAUGGACUGCAAGUAACAUGAAGAGUCUAGCUGCCGAGCUAAACCAGCUGAAGACAAAAUUCCUGGAAGACCUACGAAAACAGGUUCUCCAAGGCUAUCCCAUCUGCCCUGGGGAGACCAUAAAUGUAGAGCUGGUGGUGAGCAGAGCAGUUUCUGUAUUUGACCAGGAGAAAAAUGACAUAAUGAGAAAAUAUUCCACAGAACCUGUGAAACACCUAUGAAGUUGUUUGAAUAGUAUGUCUCAUAUCCCCGACUCCCUCAGAAAUCAGAGUAUUUUUGUAUUAAAUUAUAUUAAAAUACACUUGUAAUUUCAUAAAGUGGAUUUUUCUGUCAUGCUAUUUUAUUUUAUGGUUUCAAUCAAUCUUGAAUGUGCACUGUGUAAGAGCUGUCUUCCUAUAUCAUGUAAUAAAUGGUUGUGUAUGUUGCGUUUAAAACAGCAAACGGAAAACAGAUCAGUUAGAAAGUUGUUUACUUGGGAUGUACAAAACGCAGAGCUCUGUUUUUAAAAGACAUUAGUUCAGGUUACUCUAACACAAGUUGUGUUUUUACAUGUACAAUAUAUUUAGCACAGCAUGAUUUGCAGCGAGUGUUGUUCCCAGAGCAAACCACAAAAGCUACCCGUUUUCCUCUUUGCCAGAUUUUUUUUUUUGUGUGUUUUUGCAGUGGGAACAGCAGCUACAUUUCAAAAUCGUGUUACGCAUACACACACAACAUUCUACAUAUCAAAACACUAGCAAAGGUUUACUCAUGACAGUACAGUCUCAAAAGUGACACUUCACUUCCAGGCAAAAUAAAAGUCUCUUGAUGAAAGUACACAUCUGCACGUUACAAAUAAACAAAUCUCUAUGCUCUCUUGAA